AUGCCGAGUGUCUCCCUUUCUAAGGUGCAUAAGAACAUCUCCAGGAAGCGCGGCUCCAUGGACUCGAUGCACGAGAACAGCCGUGACGCCAAACGUCUGCGCCGUGCCGGCUCCCGAGAGGAGCGACUGUCCCACCAUGCAUCAAUGACUCUCAAAGCCCGCCAGCCAUACUUGGAGCGCAUUCACUAUUUCCACGAGGCUGUCCAAUCUAUUGAGGAACCUUUGUCCGAUGACCAGCUCUCCGAGAUGAUCCUCAAGUGUAUUCACCGAGAUGAAGGAGAAAUCGCACAACUCAAGUCCGAGCGCAGGAAAGGCCGGCCGCCCACCCGCCGAGAGGAGCUUCUGAACCAGCGGACAGAGACGGAGGAGAAGGAAUUCAAGACUGGGUUCUGGUUGCCCGAGCUGGGAGAUGCAGACGUCCUGCACGCUUUGAAGCACUGGAACCGUCACUGGGCCGGACUCAGCUCUUUGAAGUUCAUUCGAAUUACUCAAGAAGGAGUAAAGCAAGCGUCGAGCUUCCCGCCCAAGGGCAUGUCAUAA